AUGGCCAUUUCUGGCCCUGGAGGCUCGAGCUUCUCCUUGAUUGCCUCUUGGUUGGACGCUGAUUUGGCUGCCUUUGCCGACGUUAAUGCGGACAGACGAACGGAUGCCAUCGUGUUAUCCUUGAAAGAAUCAAGUCUCGACGCCCUCCUGGCACCGAACGCUAAGCAGACUGAUGGCAAACCUAGGCGGCAGAUACUAGCACACCUGCAUGAUUCGUCUUCUCUCCGAAGCAUUGCAGUGGCUGAUUUCGACGGUGACUCUGUAGCAGACUAUCUUCUUGUUUUCAGUAACUCCGUCGAGGUGCAUUAUGGGGGAACGAAUGAAACCAGUGUUGUUGGACUUUUUGGGAGCCAGCCUUUGGUGUGUGAUGUCAAUGCGGAUAUGAUCGCCGAUAUCUACGGCGAAAUGGACGGUCAACGUGUUGCUUUUUUGGGCGGGUAA